AACCGCUCCUACUCGGCCCUUCCCGGUUGGCUGGAACAGCUGCGCCUCAGUUCUCUGGUGACUAUGGGGGACCCCAGCAAGCAGGACAUCCUGACCAUCUUCAGGCGCCUCCGCUCCGUGCCCACCAACAAGGUGUGUUUUGAUUGUGGUGCCAAAAACCCCAGCUGGGCGAGCAUAACCUAUGGGGUGUUUCUUUGCAUCGAUUGCUCAGGGUCACACCGGUCACUCGGGGUUCACUUGAGUUUUAUUCGAUCUACAGAGUUGGAUUCCAACUGGUCUUGGUUUCAGUUGCGAUGCAUGCAAGUUGGAGGAAAUGCUAACGCGUCGUCCUUCUUCCACCAGCACGGCUGCGCCACCAGCGACACCAACGCCAAGUACAACAGUCGCGCGGCCCAGCUCUACAGGGACAGAGUCAAGUCGCUGGCCUCGCAGGCCACGCGGAAGCACGGCACUGACCUGUGGCUGGAUAGUUGUGUGGUUCCGUCCUUGUCCCCUGCACCAAAGGAGGAGGACUUUUUUGCCUCACAUGCUUCUCCUGAGGUGAGUGGCGCAGGGUGGACCUCAGCACACCCAGAACCUUCGUCUGUUGCGCCGAGGAGCGCGGAAGCCGCCCCCGCAGGUGGACCAGAGCAAGGACCAAGUGUGGAAGGUCUUAACGUCCCAACCAAGGCUGCCUUAGAGGUUUCCUCUAUCAUAAAAAAGAAACCCAAUCAACCUAAAAAAGGACUUGGGACCAAAAAAGGAAGUUUGGGAGCCCAGAAACUGACAAAUACGCGCUUUACUGAAAUAGAAAAACAAGCCCAAGCUGCAGAUAAAAUGAAGGAACAAGAAGACCUGGCCAGGACGGCACCUAAGGAGGAAUCAAUUGUUUCAUCCUUACGAUUGGCCUAUAAGGACCUUGAGAUUCAAAUGAAGAAGGAGGAAAAGGCGAACCUGAGCGGGAAGAAGAAGGCGGAGUCCGAGAGGCUGGGCAUGGGGCUCGGCAGCAGCAGGAGUGGCAUUUCACAUUCGGCAACUGCGGACAUGCAGACCAUCGAACAGGAAACGCCGGCCACGGCAAAGCCAAGGAAAAAGUACAGCGAUGACAGCGAUGAGUCGUGUUUUACUUCGAGGUACUUCGAUGAGCCGAUGGAGUUGAGGAGCAGCUCCUUCUCUAGCUGGGAUGACAGCUCCGAUGCCUAUUGGAAAAAGAAGACCAUCAAAGACACUGACCCGGCUCUGAACACCACAGGCUCCCCAGACAGACCUACUACUCGCCGCAAGCCUGACUAUGAGCCAGUUGAAAAUACAGAUGAGGCCCAGAAGAAGUUUGGCAACGUCAAAGCCAUUUCAUCAGAUAUGUACUUUGGGAGACAAGCCCAAGCCGAGUACGAAACCCGGGCGCGGCUGGAGAGGCUUGCGGGGAGUUCCGCCAUAAGUUCGGCCGAUCUGUUCGAUGAGCAGAGGAAGCAGACGGCAGGAAGCUACAACCUCGCGAGCGUGCUGCCCGCCGCCCCGGACAUGGCCCAGCUGAGGCAGGGAGUGAGGUCGGUGGCGGGGAAGCUGUCCGUCUUCGCUAACGGCGUCAUGACUUCGAUUCAGGACCGCUACGGUUCUUAAUGCUGACGUCCCGUGCGUGUUCCGUGGAGAAAUUCCCUGCCAGUGAACCAGCGGCCACAACGCAGACUGCAGUGAAGACGGGCUGGUUUGCAGAUUGUUUUGCUGUCUUUUCACAGGGUACCUAUACUUUACUGACUUGUAGCAUUUCUCCUGAUGUAGUGGAAGCUUUAUUGUCAUUUCUGGUUUGUGUUACUUCCUGCACACACCCUCCUUUUGGCACAUCCAUGCAUACCCUUGCUUUAUUUUCUUGGAAUCUGUAAUUUCAAUGGCCGGGGGUCUGCCUGGAGACAGAGGCACCCCCCACCUCCCCAAGGACAGAGAGCCUUUGUGGGGGUCUCCACAUGUAUGGCCCAUGGGCGGGGGGCACCCAGGAUCAGCUGAGGCCAGGGGUGCCUGGAGAAACAAAACUCACAACACACAUUUCAUUAAAACGUGGAGCAAAGGAUAAAAACAGACGGCCCCAAACGACUGCUGUCUCAUUGGACAUGUUGCUUCCUUUUUAUUUCCACCCAUGAAGGGGAUUUCAGAAUAAUGUUCAAAAGCGUCUCUCCCCUUGUCAAUUGUUUAUUUUGUAUGAUCUGUAAAUUCAAAAAUAAUUCUCAGUGAGCGCUCUAACAAACCUAAGCUACCGCAUCGCCACAGGAAUGAAUCAUUUGGCAAGUGUGGCCGUGUGGCUUCACAGGAAACCUAGUGCGGGGCCUCCCCCCGUGCAUUUAUGACAUCAGUGUGGCAUCCAUAAUUGAAACUGGAUGAGGUGAGGAGACACACGGAAAAUAUUUUAGUAUGUGGGAAAACAGUAGUUGUAAUUGGGUAGUUUUGUUAAUAUUUUUUUAUCUUAAUCUUCGUUUUCAAAAAAUUAACAGAAUGUGUAUAAAUGAAUAAAGAAAUAAUUUGGCUGUGUUUUAGACAGCACUAGAAUAUAUUGUUCAGAAGAGUAAAAUGUAUUUGAAAUCUGAUGAACCAGAAAUGUGGUUUCAACUGAAUAUUUUGUGAAUCUUUCUUAAAAGCUCCAAUUUGUAGACUUCUCAAUAAACAGCUG